GCGGGCGCUUGGCGGUUAGCGUGGAGACGGUGUCAUGGCGCUGAUGCAGAACGGUUCGGGGCCGUGCAGCGAGGCCGGCGACAGCCCGCCCGGCGCCAAGCGCCUGCGGCCGGGCGAGCCCAUCGCCGAGCCUGGGAACCGGGUGACGGUGGUGCUCGGCGCCCAGUGGGGAGACGAGGGCAAGGGCAAGGUGGUGGACCUGCUGGCCCAGGACGCCGAGCUGGUGUGCCGCUGCCAGGGUGGAAACAAUGCCGGGCACACGGUCGUGGUGGAUUCGGUAGAGUACGACUUCCACCUCUUGCCCAGCGGCGUCAUCAACAAGAAUGCCACGUCCUUCAUCGGCAAUGGGGUGGUUAUACACCUUCCUGGACUGUUCGAGGAAGCCGAGAAGAACCUUCGUAAGGGAAAAGGUCUGGAAGGCUGGGAAUCGAGGACAGUGAUCUCGGACAGAGCCCACAUCGUGUUUGACUUCCACCAGGCAGUGGACGGGGCGCAGGAACAGCAGCGGCAGGAACAGGCUGGCAAAAACCUGGGAACCACGAAGAAAGGGAUCGGCCCGGUGUACGCUUCGAAAGCCUCCCGCACUGGCCUGCGCAUCUGCGACCUGCUCGCGGACUUCGACGAGUUCACGAAGCGCUUCAGGGUGCUUGCCAACCAGUACAAAUCCAUGUACCCCAUGCUGAUCAUCGACAUCGAAGGGGAGCUCGAAAAACUGAAGAUCUACGCAGAGCGCGUGCGGCCGUUGGUGAAAGAUGGCGUGUACUUCAUGUACAAGGCCCUGCACGGACCGCCCAAGAGGAUCCUCGUGGAAGGUGCAAAUGCCACGCUUCUGGACAUCGACUUUGGUACCUACCCUUUUGUGACCUCUUCAAACUGCACGGUCGGCGGCGUCUGCACGGGGCUGGGGAUCCCUCCUCGCAACGUGGGCGCGGUCUACGGCGUGGUGAAGGCCUACACAACCCGGGUGGGAGUCGGCGCCUUCCCCACAGAGCAGAACAACGAGAUAGGCAACCUCCUGCAGACGCGAGGCCGGGAGUUCGGGGUGACCACGGGCCGCAGGAGGCGGUGUGGCUGGCUGGACCUGGUGCUGGUGAAAUACGCCCACAUGAUCAACGGCUUCACGGCGCUCGCUCUGACCAAGCUGGAUAUCCUGGACACGCUUCAGGAAAUAAAGAUUGGAGUGGGAUACAAGCUGGAGCGGAAGACCAUCCCGUACUUCCCAGCCAACCAGGAGGAGCUAAAUAAAGUCCAGGUGGAGUACGUGACGCUGCCGGGCUGGAACGAGAGUACCGAGAGCGUGCGUUCCCUCGGCAAGCUGCCUGAGAACGCCAGGAAGUACGUGGAGUUCAUCGAGGACCACGUCGGCGUGCCGGUUAAGUGGAUCGGAAUCGGCAAAUCCCGGGAGUCCAUGAUCCAGCUGUUCUGAAGACACCUGGAGUACAGAGACCCUCGCCCCCCACCCUUCCUCACUCCUCACCCCUGGCAACCCUCCUCUGCAAGACUGCUGCUGCAGAGAAGUGGCCGAUGGAAAGCCAGUCUGUCUCAGUGCCAGGUUGUCGAUGGUGACGGCCAAGGUCCCCCGGAAAGCAUUGGACACUUCAAAGCAUCCAAGAAAGAGAGACCUCUGUGUAAUCAGGGGUAUAUUUUUAUAACUUAUUUUUUCAAAUAAUCAAAGCAAUCUUUGUCAGAGUAUCUUUAGAUUUCAAAAAUCACACUCGUGAUGUGGCAGAAGUAUUAGCGAUCUCUCACGCAAAACGCUGGAGGAACUCAGCAGGUCGGGCCGCGUCUGUGGAGAGGAAUGAACAGUCGAUGUUUCUUCAGGGCUUCAGUUCAAAACGUUGACGGUUUAUUCCCCGCUGUCGAUGCCGCCCGACCUGCUGAGUUCUCCAUCGUUUUUUGUGUGUGUGUGUGUUGCUCAAGAUUUCCAGCACCUGGGAAAUCCCUUGUGUCCGUUGUGGAGUUCGCUCACUCCACUGAGGUGUUGAGUUGUGUUUGCAUCGCUGUAGAGAACAGCUACACUCCCCCCCUCCCCUUUGUUUUU